AUGGCUCGCGCUCUCACCAAGAGUCAGGAGAAGGCUCUCGUCGCUGAAUUCCGCGAGAUCACGGGCGCAAAUGCGAGGGACGCCGAGCGGGCCCUCAAGAAGUACAGGUGGAUCCUGAACCUCGCAAUUGACGAGCACUUCAACGCGGGCGGCGGUGCGCCAAGCACCUCGAAUGCCGGCAACACCAAGAAGGUCGGCGACAUCUGGGAGCAUUUUAAGGACCCCAGCCGUAACCUCAUCACGAUCGACGGGUUCAUGAACAUGUGCCAGGAGCUCGAGCUCGACCCCGAGAGCGACAUUGUGCUGUUCUGCCUCGCAUCCGACCUUGGGUCCAAGUCGAUCGGCGAGUUUGCCAAGGAGCCCUUCGUGUCGGGGUGGGCCGAGAUCGACCCAAGCAUUGACUCGGUGGCCAAGAUGAAGGCUGCACUACCGCAUCUGCGAAAAAAGCUCAACACGGACGCGGCAUACUUCAAGAAGGUUUACAUGCACACCUUCGACUUAAGCAAGGCGGAGGGUGCGCGCGUCCUAGCCCUCGACACUGCCCUCAGCAUGUGGGAGCUGUUCAUUCCCCCCGCGAUGGCCGCCAAGCCAUCCGCACUCAGUCACGUCGGCACCGGCGAGUCGCCUAGCGGGUCAGCGACCAAGAACCCCAACUUGCUCGGUGACAGCGGCUUCCAACUCUGGCUCGACUUCCAGAAGAGCCGCAACAAGGCCGUGAGCAAGGACACCUGGAGUCUGUUCAUCGACUUUGUGCGCACCAUCGACGCCGAGUUCAAGGAGUACGACGAGUCGGCCGCAUGGCCAUCGACCAUCGACGAGUUUGUCGAGUACGCGCGCGAGCGCCGUUAG